AUGCAAAAGCGGAUAAACGGCCUGCUCAAAGUGUUCUGCUGCGGGUCGAUGCGAGAGGCGAAAAAGGGAAGCUCGAGUGAGCAACCGCUUGUGUUGAGCACGUCUGUCUCUGGCAGUCAAGAUACCGUCUUUGAAACGAGCGAAAAUAAGACGAACCUCUCUGACAAAGAUAAAAACAGCGCCUGGCUAUCACAGAAAAAGUGGCACGAAGUGCAGCGAGGAUUAAGACAAACGCCAUCCAUUUCUCAUCAAGAUUUGACGACGAAUGGAGAUGAUUACGUGGCGGUAGACAGGGUAGAGGAGAACCAACGGGCACCUUCUUGUCCAGAAAGAUAUGCAAACUCGCCCCCUGUUCCGGACCGCUCGCUCAAGCCGAAAAUAAACUCUUCGACGCACACACCAAACUCGCCUAUCUCUCCACCCGGCACAACUGGCAGUCAGUGCAGCCCCAAUGGAAACGAUAAAUUCUUCCCAGACUACCCACUGAUUAUCAAUAAACCUUUUAGUGUCAAUAACACUUCCGAUCAGCCUACAACUUGCGCGUAUGUGAAAGUAAACGGUGAAGCCACGAGCGACUUACACCGAUCUCAAAAACAGUCACGCGGCUCAAAUUGA